AGGUAGACUUUGCCCCAGAGAGGAACAACUGCUUCCUGGUUUUCACAGCAGAGUUUUGUUGACGGAAAACAAAUCGGGUUAUUGCAAUUAGUGAAAUGGAGCAAACAAAUAGCAGCACUGGCGAAGGACAUGAACUUCGCCCUCCUCCCUACAGCCCUUUGAACUAUGAUCAAAGCUCCUACACGGGAAUGACAUACCAGGUUGGCAAGGGAAACAUUGCAGUCAUCUCUCCUCCUGAGUCCUACAACAACAUGGUCCGUCCGGAGGACCCACCUGCAUUUGGAGGUGACCAGUAUGGUGGUCAGGCUCCGCCUCUAUACGCCAGCGAAUCAGAGGAGAUUGGUUUCAGUGUGGCUGCGAUACGGCGAGGUUUUGUGCGGAAAGUCUACCUGACCUUGAUGAUUCAGCUGCUGCUCACUGUUGGGAUCAUCUGCGCCUUUCUUUACUGGGACACACUGAAGACGUGGGUUCAUGAGAACAACUGGUUCUCCUACACCAUGAUGUCAGUGGUGGUGGUCCUUAUUCUGGUUUUGUCCUGCUGCGAUAACAUCCGUCGCCAAGUGCCCCUCAAUUUUAUAGCUCUGGGUUUGUUUACUGUUGCAGAGGGCCUGAUGCUUGGAUCUGUGGCAGCGUACUAUGACACCGAGGCAGUUCUGUGGGCUGUGGGCGCGACGGCUCUUGUUUCCUUUGGCAUGAGUCUAUUUGCCAUGCAGUCAAAGUGGGACUUUACCGCUGGAGCUGGGUGCUUGUGGAUGUUUGCCUGGUCCUUAUUUUCCUUCUUACUGAUGUGUGCCAUCAUCCGAUCACAGUUUCUCUACAUCUUCUACGCCUACCUGGGAACUGUGUUGUUUUCUUUAUACUUGGUGUUCGACACUCAGCUGAUUCUCGGGGGGAAACACAGGAAGUAUGAAAUCUCUCCCGAGGAGUACGUGUUUGCUGCUCUCAACCUCUACCUGGACAUCGUUACCUUGUUCCUCCUCCUGCUGCAAAUCAUUAACUUCUGUCGUUGAACUUAUUUUCUUCUUAUACAUUUUAUACACCUCAUAUUACAUGACGAAAGGUAGUUAUGUCACAUUUAAAUUCAAACAUUUGCAGUGUGGGUAUGAUGAAGCUUUUAUUAUGCAUCAGAAUUUUGAAAUAUUUUCCAGUCAUAUUGAAUACCGUAAGCUUUGCAACAUUAUUGAAGCUUUAAAUAUUUGUUGAUAUCCUAGUUUGUAUAUAAAUGGAUGUAAAAACUUAAAAAUAAAAUACAUUUCAUUCAAUGUGUUUUCUUUUUUAAACUUUUUUUUUGUUUGUUUGUGGUCUGGCUUGUGGCUUGCAAGUUUUUUUUAUAUCCAUGUUCAAAGAUCAAAAUACUAAAAAGAAAAAAACAAGCGCAAGGCAUCUGAUACAACUGAAUGUUUCAAAGCAGUGAUGACUAGAUACAUGGGAUAAAUCCUUGAUUUACAGUCAAACACUUUCUCACUCGGUUGGCUCAGACACUGAUAAAAAAAAAAAUUAAAAAUUCACUUCGCACUUAUAUAAUCACGUAGGAGGAACAUUUCAGGUAACCCUCUGAUCUAUUUAAUAUGGUGAAUUUGUAAAAAAAAAAGUAUACCUCACUUUUCUAGUGGGUUUUACACAUUAGAAAAUGUUUUUGCAAACAACAUCCAUUGAAAGUUUGUUGGUCUCGGCUCCAUCAGAGCAGUCUGUCCUCUGUGGCAUAGGCUGUGCUGCAUUUUCUCGUCUCAUUCUUGGGUCAUUCCUUCCCUUGAAACCAACUUCAUAGUAUUUUCAUAUUCAGGGCAUGUAGAGUGGUUGUUUUCACCUUUAAUAAUCUCACCGCCUUUUGCUGCACAGAAAUUUUAGGGGAAGUAAGAGCGCUCACUCUAUUUUUUUCCUUAGUUGCCAGUAAGUGGUGCCAAUUUGAUGCCACUCCUUUUGAAAGGGUGUUUUUUUUCCCUCC